AUGGAGGGCAAACAGACUGGGAGAGUGAAACACUUUGUGCUAGUCCAUGGGGCUUGCCAUGGAGCUUGGUGCUGGUACAGAGUGGCCACCGUCCUCGAGUCCUCGGGCCACAAGGUCACUGCCUUGGACAUGGCCGCUUCAGGGGUCCAUCCGAAGCAAGCUAAAGAGUUGAAUUCGAUACUGGAAUAUGUCGAGCCUCUCUUUGAAUUCUUGGAGGGUCUUCCUCGUGAGGAGAAGGUGAUUUUGGUAGGGCAUAGCAUGGGCGGGCUUGUCCUGUCAAUGGCCAUGGAGAGAUUUCCUGAGAAAGUAGCUGUUGCUGUUUUUGCUGCUGCCUUCAUGCCUGGUCCUGAGCUCAGUUUCCGAUCCAUCGGUGAAGAGCAUGCUCGCAGGUUGGAAUAUCGCAUGGACUCGGCAUAUGCUUUCGAUGAUGGCCGUGAACAGCCUCCCACUUCCUUGCUAUUUGGUUAUGAUUUACUCUCUUCCAAGAUGUAUCAACUCUCCCCACCUGAGGAUUUGACUUUGGCGUCCUACUUAGUGAGGCCACUUCGCAUGUACCCUGACCAAGCCAAGAUGGAGGAGAUGGUAGCAGUCACGAAGGGCAAAUACGGCACCGUCCGCCGUGUUUACAUCGUGUGCGACCAAGACCUCAUCUUAACUGAAGACCUGCAGAGAUGGAUGGUGGAGAUGAACCCGCCAGAUGAAGUGAAGGUGAUCUCUGCAUCAGAUCACAUGGUCAUGUUCUCUAAGCCACUGGAGCUUUGUGACGCUCUUGGAGAGAUUGCCGAGUGUCAUUACUCUUGAGAUUUGUGGCCAUGAAAUAGAGUUGGGUUUGGU